AUGCCUCCAAAGCGUUCAGCCAAGGUAGUUGUAUCUAAGAAAGUUGUUCAAGAAACCGUUCAGGUUUCCAUCCAGAAGAGAGCAAAGGAAGACACUGCCGAUAUCGAAGAACUACCCUUAAAGUCCAUUUCUAUUGAAGAAGGAGAAGAAGCAAAAAGGCACAAGACGGUUCAUCCAGGUAUGGCCAUAUCGUCCAAGGCAAUGACUCUCAUCAACAAUUAUAUGGCCGACAUGUUUGAGAGGAUUGCAAACGAGGCCACUACGCUUUCUAAGUAUAAUAAACGGACGACAAUGUCGUCCAGGGAGAUUCAGGGAGCAGUGAAGCUGCUUUUGCCAGGUGAUCUUGGGAAGCAUGCCAUUGCUGAAGGGAACAAGGCGGUAACUAAUCAUAUGUCUAGUGAUCAUUAA